AUGGCGCCGCUAACACGGGGACAACUGCGCGAAAACCAAAGGGCGAACCUCCAAGCGAGUCCACCAAUUACCAAUACCGCACCUCCUGCAAAUGCUGGCCCAGUGCAGUCACACGUUCCUACUCAAGCUGCUUCAAGAGACUCCGAAGAAAAUACGAGCGAGGGAAGCCCAUCAGAAGGAGGGAAUGACCCAGCAGUGAUUGACGAUGACUCUGAAGGCGGCCACCCCGAUGAGGGUACCAUCGAACAUGAUGGUCUGGAGUCUCGAGAAGGGAGAGAUGCAUAUGAAAGCGAUGAAGAGAAUGGGAUUGGAGAAUGGAGUGGUGAGGAACGAUACGACGACGGAGGAGAUGGCGAGGCAAAAAAAGGGGCUGAUGAUAACAAAACAGGGAACCGUAAAGCGAAGAAAGCAGACGACGUGGUUGAAUCUGAUUCUUGGAAAUGGGCGUACGGUUUUGACCAUUCAUACAAUGGGGUUCCGAUCAAUACCUUACAAGAGAUGUUUGACCACAUGACUUAUAAGGUUCUGUUCGAGAGUACAGGAGAAUAUCGCUUCAGACAUGAACAUUGCUUCAGCGCGGAAAUCGAACCUUUCAAACAGCGAUAUAUUGCUCGAAACUGGCCGGAUGUCUCAAUUUUCCGAGACGUUACAAAAUUCGUUCUAGUAGACCAUCACUAUCAAGGAACGACGGUCUACGGAAGUCAAGCCGAAGUACCUGCAGAGCUCGACAUUCUCGUUGCUGGGAAAUCUGGCCAUGUCUUCUCAUGUAUCCUUCUUUACAUCACGCAGUCGAGACCGAAAGUUGUCUUAUUCGAGAACGUGAUCGCAACAGACGCUAUCUGGAGGACGAUUGAAGAAGAUAUUGAAAAGGAGAGGUAUAUGGCAAAGAUCCUGAAGCUUGAUAUCAAAGACUUCUACCUACCACAAACUCGAAAUCGCAGAUACAUGUUGUGUGUUGAUCUGGACUUAUUCAAGGAAAAAGAUGAGGCGAGAAAGCUUCUGGAGACAUGGGAAGCUUACGUCAAAUGCUUCAAGCAAACGACUGCAGUCUCAGCUGAGACCAUGUUGCUUUUGUCUGCGGAAGAGACACCAGAAGCAUUUUCUCAAUUUGGUGACCCUGAAAUCGAGAAAAGGACGAAAAGGGACGAUUGGGAGGAUUGCAAAAUCAAAAUGAGAAGAUUCAGAGAUAAUCUAGCACUCGGAACCGGUCGUUCGUUGACCUUAUGGAAUGAGAGCGGCUUCCGGGCUAUCCCAGACUUUUGGACUCAAAAGAAUCCUCCGUUGAAUCGUAUCUUGGAUGUUCUUGAGAUCUCGCACUUACGAGGAAUCAAACGAGGAUAUGACGAUCGGUACUACAGUCAAUCUCUCGAUGUAAGCCAAAACAUACACAGAGAUAGAGGAACAGACAAAAAUGGCAUUUUCGGAUGCAUUACACCCGCCGGAAAGCCCUGGUUGACCGUGUUUGGUCGACAGCUGACAGGCAGAGAAACCCUCAUUCUUCAAGGAUUGCCACCAAAUCGAAUGGACCUAUCAUAUCUCAAAGACAAACAAAUCCAGAACUUGGCAGGAAAUGCUAUGAGCUCCACAGUGAUUGGGGCUACCAUGAUAUCAGCUCUGCUUGCUUUAGCCAGUUGCAAGGAUUACAAUUUCCGAAACCUAGUCUUAGACAGAUUUGAAUUCAGAACUGCCGUACUCUCUACGAAUGAAGCCAUAGCACAAGCUCGAUCUACACGGAGACUCUGUGGUUGCGAGGGUCCCCACCGCACAGCGCACGAGACAUUCUGGGAAUGUCGUAUUUGUUCUCAUACUUCAUGCCAGAAGCAUCCCAAGAAUCCGAAGCACGAUUAUCGGCCACCCUCGCUUAAAGCUUACCAAAAUCCGGCAGACUUCGAGAAAACCUUGAAUCAAGUUCUUCUGAUAGACGAGACAAAGAUCGACCAACUGCUCAAAGUCACUGAGAUCGGCGACGAGGCUUUGCUGGGUCAUAUCAGCCAAGCCUUGAGUUCGCACACGUUCAUGACAUCGAUAGAGCGUAUGGAUAUCUGGCGUGUCACAUACGAGUCGGAUUAUGCCAAAGCCGUGAUUCAAAUUUCGGAGAAUGAAGUGGAGUGGCUCCUCUACGCAAAAGCUGCAACGAACUGGUCAUUUGAUGAUCCUCGACGUGUUCAGUUUGAACAGUUCCCGAUUGCAAGAAUGAAGCCGGAGCUUGGUCAAGCAAUUACCGCUGGGAUGUUGGAGCUUUGGGUGCCUUCGAAGCGAGAGAUACAUUUGACACUGAAGAGCGAUGUCGGUCUUGUGGAAUCGUUCGAAUCUCUCCGUGGUAUCCCUGAUUUCUUGGACACUAAGGUCUCCGUCGGUUUCUCUCUCGCGUUUCAGACCCAAGAUGAGGAGGACAAAUUCGAUGUCACGGGCUAUUACAAACUGCACCAAGAAUGCGGUCAGGCUUUCAACUCGUUGCACGCUAGGGUCCAGACAGGAGGUCAGCCUCAGUUUAUCUUCUAUGAUCACCAAAGACAGAUGGGUGACCCCAGAGGACAUUGCUAUAUACUUACACAAGACCCGAGAAGACUGAGAUUUGGGGAGUAUCGACGCAACAUUGGACGCUUUUCAUGCCGGCCCGCUUUUGAUCAAAUCAGAUUCAAGGAAAUUGCGGAUAGCGAAUCGAAGCGUUACAGCAAGUUGGACUAUGAAGGAACGAUCCUCGACGAAAGCCCUCUUGAAGAGCCGGUCGUCGAAAUUCCUGUGGUUCUGUACGUCGAUGGAACAUGGUCAAAGGUGGCGACUGACGACAUCAUGAGCAUUGAUCCAGUGGGCAAUUCUUCUGGAGAGUUCAUCACAUAUCAGCACUUAUCCAUGCCACCACUGGCACCUUCGGUGGAAUUUCUCGGUUGCAGCAAUACCUGGACCAUCUUCGAUUGCAAUGCCAAGAUUGCGGAGAAGUUUGCAAACAGGUAUGAAAAGAGUGUACGUGUUACGAUCAACCAGAAGAACGCGUUAAGAUUCUACACAGAUUUUCGCUACCUGUUUGCUCGGUGCCUUGUGAUGAAACCCCACAUCUGGGGACUUGAAACGUGGCAGCAGGUCUCGCAGGAUGAGGUAAAAAAACGGUGUCUCGAAUGUAGCCCCGAACACCCAAAACUGUUUAGAAUUCUGGCAAGUUCCAAGGGGGAAAGUCGAGUCGCAGUUUCCGAGGACACUGCUCAAGCAGGAGAAUACGAGAGGAAAAUGAAGUUGAGGCCGCCGCCCUUCAGUCAAACCUACUGUAUUGAGGAAGAGCAGCUGAAUUUUCGAAUUCAUCUUAACCCUUUGACGGUGGUCCACCAAGCAGUUGAUGAACUCACUACAGAUGGAAAUCGAGAUAAUAUCAAAGCAGAGUGGAGACUCGUCACAGAUGACAAGUCUAUGCCAAGAGAUAUCCUGGGCAGGUUCAAAGAGUGUGAGAGUGAAGAAGCUGCAAAUUGGGCUUUGUCACAGGAGACGUACCCAGAACCUUUUACUGAAGAGGAGAUUGUCGAGGCGGAAUGUGCUGAAUUCGGUUACCGAGUGUGGGGCAGAGCGACAAGAAAAGUUACGAGACGAGUGGGAAUUCUGGCCGCUGAUGUUGGGUUUGGCAAGACUCCGACAAUACUGGCGCUGAUACAACAUGCUCAGGUGCGCAGCGAGGAGUUACAUGGUUACAUACCUACGAAGGCAACAUUGAUCUUCGUCCCCCGGCAUAUUGUCCAACAAUGGAAGACUGAAAUCGAGACCUUCACUCCGUCCAUGAAGAUUUGCACCAUCUUGACGGCACAAGGCUUUGCAAAGUAUACGGUCCAAGAUUUCCGCAACGCCGACAUUAUCCUCAUGCCACGGACGCUGUGCGAUGACGCUCCGUAUCUAAAGGCUUUGGCGAGAGUAAGUGGCCAGGCCGAACUCGAGAGCAAACCUCCUGCUCGAAUCCAGUCGCAGUGGUAUGAAACUGCCUGCGAGAAAAUCAAGGGCCACGUCAGCGGUCUCUCCGAGUCCAAUAAAUUGAAGCAGGAAAUCGUCCUCGAAAUGUUCAGCUUUGCACGAGUGAUCAUCGACGAGUUUCAACAGAUCAAACCAGACACGGGCCAAACGCUGCGACAAGUCAAGAGUCAUGCGAAGUGGCUCCUUUCCGCUACUCCACCUCGAAAUGGAUUUGCGGACGUCAAGCUGAUGGCUGAUUUGAUAGGAAUCAAACUUGGUGUUGACGACAUUUCUUCUAUUCCAGCAGAGGACUGGACCCGUGCAACCAAGAACUUGACAGAAUACGAGAAACUCAUAAUACAUCGGUCUAUUCCAUCACUUCCCUGGAAGAAGCGAAGGCAUGAUAUUGCUCAGAACUUCUUGAAUCAGUACUUUCGAAAAGACGCCAGUAGUGUACAUAUCGGAAAGAUUGACAACAUCAAGCUUGUCUUCCAGCCUCCAGCUGAGCGACUGAGCUACCUUGAUCUCGAGCACGGAAUAGCAGCUCCAGAUCUUCCAGAGAACUCCACCAGCUCCAGAACCGCUGCUUACAGUAAGAGACCAGACAAGAUAAGCGAGUACGAUGAACAAUUGAAUAGCGGACAUCGUGGGACCACCGACGCUACACUACUUUGGCGCGCGGCGCACUACAGCCCUUGUCAAAGGUCUAAGUCUCAGUCUACCAACGAUAUAAUCCUAGAUCUCCUAAUGUGGCUAAAAGAUCAAGAUGAGAGUAUGCCAAGCCGUGGUCGAUUCGCAGAGUUCCAGCAGCGUUUGCAGUCUUCUGCAGUUACUUUUGGAGAUGCCGGCAUUCAGGAUAAGAUAACACCGUUAGUCUUAGCCGCUGCCGAAAAUGUAACUGAAGAUGACUGGAACUUAUUCUUCACUAAAGAUGUGGAGGUGCAGGAUCCCUACAGAAACAAGGCUGCAACAGAAGCCAAAGACAAAGAGAAGAUCAAGCUAGAAGAUAGCUUCGAACCGUAUCCAUCCGGCAUGGUGAAACAUUACGGUAAAUUCAUGCAUCGAAUGGAAAAGCCCUUCCGCCUGGCUGUUGGAAAUCUGGUUAGUCUUGUCGAAGAGGCUGUGAAGCGACAACGCUCACUCAGAUUUACCCAAGCAAUAUUCGACAGCUAUACAGUCAAGCAAGUACCAUGCGCCAAAUGCCUCAAGACGAUAACCUCACCAGAGGAGAGAAUCAUCCUGAUUGAAACACAUGAAAAGAUUGGUGAUAGCAAGUUGAAAGUGGAUCAGGAAGUCACUUCGCUAGCAAAAUCAGCCUCGAUACCCGGCGAAAAGAUCAAUCAGUUGAUGGCCAAGCUGAAAUCAAUCAAAGACAUGGAUGAGAAGGUCUUGUUGUUCUUUAACGACGACGGGACUAGGACCACGUUCAAUACACUCAAAAGUGCCAUGGAUCUCGAGUAUCUUCAGUAUGCCACUCUGGUCGACGCAAGAGCCAAGCCGCUCAACAAUUUCGACACUGUUCUUGCUGAUUUCCAAACCGGAAAAGAUGUAAAAUGUAAGACUACAGCGAAUAAAGCAACGGUUCUGCUCAUUGACAUUGAAGAUGAUUCAGCCGCAGGCAGUAAUCUGACUGCCGCAAAAUGGGUCAUCUUUUUCUCACCGUAUCUUACCAUUGGGACGGAUGCCCACGAUCGCUACCAUGCAACGAUGAGACAGGCAAUUGGGCGCGUGCGACGAUUUGACCCGAAAGACAAGAUUGAGACGGCGAAAAAUGGUGACCAAUUGGUUUGCGACCGCGAAGUUCACGUCCUACACUUUCUGACAGCGUACACCAUGGACAUUGAUCUUUAUGAGGAGAGAACUCGGAAACAAGUCGCUUUGCCGGUAGAUGACGAUACAACCGCCGCUGAGCCGGAAGCUCGUGGAAAUGCGGAGGGAAGCGAGAAAACAGCAGCAGAUGGCAUUGAAGCAGGCUCCGAAGACAUCUACAAUGAUGAUGAUGAUAGCGAUGUGGGUGAUGAUGGUCGUGAUGGUCUCGAUACAAGCCUUCAGCGCCCUACGGAAGUCGACGAAGGUUCUCAACAGAGUACUGACUCAGAUGAAAGCGUUAACACCCGGGACUCAGAUGAAAACGUUGACUUGGAGAAGCCGUUUCAUCCUGGUCCGUAUGCUAGUACUAUUGCACAUCUGGUUUUGGGACGAAACGGGAAUGUUUGAGGGGAUAUGUGUGUGGAUGCUGGUGACUAAAUUGAUGAGCAUUGAGGAUAACGAUCUGAUUGGCGUUGAAAAGACUGGAAUUGACACAAAUUGGAAAAGUAGCGUUUUGAAUUGGAUUGAGUGUGGAUUUGGAGUUUGAUUUUGUUGUUAUUGGAUUUCUGAUCAACCACUGCUUUCCUCGGCCCUUGAGUUCAAG